AUGACUUAUUGCUGUCCCAAAUGCGACUUCACCACGAACUUCGAGAGUGCCCUCAUCAUGCACCAGCAGCUUCAUCACGAGGAUCCAACCCGAGAAGUAUCUCCCUGCGAAGUGAAGAAAAGUCACACUCUCCCUGGAACUUCUACCACCACCUUCAUCCAUUCAAAGCCCAGUAAAGAAAUUACACUGCCUGCGCGGACGUCAUCAGCGACGCGGCUGUUCGAAAAGCUGCGCGCGCGCAUCGGACGCGGGCGCACGCUCUUCUCGCACCCUGAGGAAGCCGCCGAGGAUAAUACGGAUAUGUGCAUGCUGAGUGAGUGCACAUCCAAGGCGUUCAAAGAAGAUCUACCACUGAUGGCCACUCGGAGCGACUUCACAGGACACGAGCGACUGCAGAAGGAGACCUUCAGAUGUCAUCUCUGCAACUUCGAGGCUGACAGGAUAACAGUCCUAGACAGGCACCUCCUGAACGACCACCAGAUCGGCAUCGACAGCCUGCUCAAGCUGGUCAUUGCAAAGACGAAAGACGCUCUCUGUGAUGAUAAUAACACGGACCCAUUUAGGAGACAACCCUACUAUAAGCCGCAAGAAAUGGAAUAUCAGCUGGGAGAAGGAGAGUUUAUCGAGACGGUAGCGCCGAGGGUCAGGGUGAUGAAGCAUGCGGCCACCAACACUGAAGACACAGGACUAACCGACAACUUCAAACGGAUCACCAGCGAGCUGGAGAAGUUAGUGAACUGCCCCGCAGAGUCCCACGACCAGAGCGACCUGUUCCAGAAGAUGCACACCCUCAACGAGUACAUGUGCAAGUUCGUGGACUCCUCCAACAUGCUGAAGAAAGCCCUCACGAAGGAACUGGACACGAAGAGUCGGAGCGAGAGGAGCGAGCAUCGAGCUGAACCGGUCUUUGAUUUGAGGUUGGGAGAGUAAG